AUGACAGAAGUCGAGAUGGCGAACUCUAGCUCUGACGCUGAGAGACUUCCUAUUACAGUCGACAAGCCUACCCCCUACACCUUCGACCUGGGACACCUGAUGGCCAACGACCCUAACCCUCUCGAGCUUACACAGGGUGAACCCCUCGACGACUCCCUACAAGCCGCCGCCCGCGACGGAGCCCAAUGUCUCCUCAACCAACUCCUGACAACAUGCAACAUUACACAGUCCGCUGAGAACGGCGUCCUUCUCUCCCUGCCACCACCUAAUACCGCACUUCCCCGACACAAGCAACUGCCUACCCCCAAGGCACCUACCAAGUGGGAGCUUUUCGCCCGCAAGAAGGGUAUCGGCAAGUACAGCCAGAAGCCUGGUGUUGCGAUUGCGGAUAAGGAGAGACGCAAGAAGCUUGUGUAUGAUGAGGCGUCUGGGGAGUGGGUCCCAAGAUGGGGAUACAAGGGAAAGAACAAGGCAAAUGAGGAUCAGUGGCUUGUUGAGGUUGAUGAGAAGAACUGGAAGAAGGAAGAAGAUGCUGCUGAUAAGGGUGGAAAUAUUCGUGGGAUGAAUCGUACGGAGCGCAAGGACCGAGUUAAGAGGAGUGAGAGGAAGAUGCGGGCGAAUGAUCGCCGGUCUAGUAAGAAGGGUGGGAACUAG